GAGCCGGAGAAGCCCCGCAGCGCGGACGCCCCUCCGAGUGCUGCCCUUUUCCUCGAAAGUUAAUUCAGCUUCUUUUGGACGCGGGCGUCCCAGGACCCCGGUAGCUGCAGAGCUGGGGGGGCGCUCGAGCUGCGAGAAUCCGGGUUGCCCGCCAGAAGAGCCGGCACCCAGCAGGAUGGGGUGUGUGAAGUCCAAGUUCCUGCCGGACAGAGGCAAAUCCCCAAAAAUGCAGCCCAUUGCCAGCUCACACAGCCCCUUGUACGUGCCCGAUCCCACGUCGUCCGGCAAGCGGGGGCCCAAUAGUAAUGGCAGCUCACCAGGGUCCAUGGAGGGCUCUGAGGACAUCGUGGUCGCCCUAUACGAUUAUGAAGCUAUUCACCGUGAAGAUCUCAGUUUCCAGAAGGGGGACCAGAUGGUGGUCCUGGAGGAGUCUGGGGAAUGGUGGAAGGCUCAGUCCCUGGCCACGCGGAAAGAGGGUUACAUCCCAAGCAACUAUGUCGCACGUGUUAACUCUCUGGAGACAGAAGAGUGGUUCUUCAAGGGCAUCAGCCGGAAGGAUGCCGAGCGCCACCUCCUGGCCCCUGGCAAUGUGCUGGGCUCCUUCAUGAUCCGGGACAGCGAGACCACCAAAGGUGACNNNUCUCUGUCUGUGCGAGACUACGACCCCCAGCACAGGGAUGCCGUGAAACAUUAUAAGAUCCGGACCCUGGACGGUGGAGGCUUCUACAUCUCCCCACGGAGCACCUUCAACACCCUGCAGGAGCUGGUGGCCCACUACAAGAAAGGAAGUGAUGGACUCUGCCAGAAGCUGACAGUCCCCUGCGUGUCCUCCAAGCCUCAGAAGCCGUGGGAGAAAGAUGCCUGGGAGAUCCCCCGGGAGUCUCUCAAGCUGGAGAAGAAACUUGGAGCUGGGCAGUUUGGGGAAGUCUGGAUGGCCACCUAUAACAAGCACACCAAGGUGGCCGUGAAAACGAUGAAGCCAGGGAGCAUGUCAGUGGAGGCCUUCCUGGCGGAGGCCAACCUGAUGAAAACCCUGCAGCACGACAAGCUGGUAAAGCUGCACGCAGUGGUCACGGAGGAGCCCAUCUACAUCAUCACGGAGUUCAUGGCCAAAGGAAGCCUGCUGGACUUUCUGAAAAGUGAAGAAGGCAGCAAGCAGCCCCUGCCCAAGCUCAUUGACUUCUCAGCCCAGAUUGCAGAAGGAAUGGCCUUCAUCGAGAGGAGGAACUACAUCCACCGAGACCUCCGGGCUGCCAACAUCUUGGUCUCCGGGUCCCUGGUGUGCAAGAUUGCCGACUUCGGCCUGGCACGGAUCAUCGAGGACAAUGAGUAUACGGCACGGGAAGGGGCCAAGUUCCCCAUCAAGUGGACUGCUCCAGAAGCCAUCAACUUUGGUUCCUUCACCAUCAAGUCAGACGUCUGGUCCUUUGGUAUCCUGCUAAUGGAGAUUGUCACCUACGGCCGGAUCCCUUACCCAGGGAUGUCAAACCCAGAGGUGAUCCGGUCCCUGGAGCGUGGAUACCGGAUGCCCCGACCAGAGCACUGCCCCGAGGAGCUCUACAACAUCAUGACUCGCUGCUGGAAGAACCGCCCUGAGGAGCGGCCCACCUUUGAAUAUAUCCAGAGUGUACUGGAUGAUUUCUACACAGCCACUGAGAGCCAGUACCAGCAGCAGCCAUGAUGGGCAAGACCAGGGCAGGGCCAGGCUCUAGGGCUGUGCCUGUGGCUGCAGCACUGGCUGCCAAGUCGCUGCUCGUCCUUCUCACUUUUCAACAUCUGCCCUCAUUCUAGCCACAGCCCUCCUCUGUCAAGUGGGCAGGAUGGACUGGACAAUCUCUUUUUGACUCUAGCAGUCUACAAUCUGCUAUUCUCAGGAGACCCCCUGAGUUGAUAUUUCUAUUCCCUGGGACAGUUGUAUUCUAGUUAUAUCUGUGGUUUGGAUGGGAUACUUUAAAAAUAAUGAAAUAA